UUUUUCCACAUUCUUAAACUAAGAUAUAUUUUUGUUUGUUUUUCCCUUCGUGAAUUAAGCUGACCACAAAAGUAAACAGUGAAAAAUAUAUAGGUCCCUAGUGUGUAUUUUUGCACCUUUCAGAAUUAUUGUCAAAAAUAGCUCAGACCGUCUUUGAACUAAAAGAAUUGCUAAUACAAUAAAAAGGAAAAAGUUUACUAUUUAUCACUUAGUGAAUUUUAAAAGCUAGUAAAAAAAUUCAGAAGAUACACAUCUAUAUAUCAUUUUUUAUUAUUGAAACACAAUAUUUUACAUCAUCACUAUAUCUAUUUGGCACAAGCGUAUUGAUUGUCAAGACGCGAAUUUUGGACAUCCGGUCUUAAUCUUUCCCUUUUAUUUAGGUUCUUUUUGUGUGCAUGAAAGGUAAGUUAAUCUACGUGACCAUCAUUUAGGAUACUAUUGUACUUUUAUUCCUUUUAUGUAAAGGGAGAAUACAUAUAUAUAUACCCUAUUUCUCCAAGAAAAAGUGCAACGAAUAUCUUCAUUAUUGUCGUUUUUUUUUGUUAUAAAGAAUCUUCUUUUUUCUUAGUAUUAAAUUACAAAUCUUUUUAGCUUUUUCCCCGUGAUUUCGUAUUAGUUUAAUAAAUCAAGUACUGGGUUUCCUUUUUACAUUAAACUAUUUUAUAACCUAAAUUUUUAAAAUAUUUUACAAUCAAUCAGAAAGUAUUAACUGGUACUGGGUAACUUAAUUCCUCAUUUCUAUACACCAACCCCUUACCAUAGCAACCCUCGGGGCGCGAAGCCUUACUACAUCUUUUAUGCACUAUUGAUUUUUCAAAGAAAAAAGUUGCCCUUAACUGUUGGGGUUUAUUUUUUUUUCUUUACUUUUUCCUAGCUAACACCAAGUUGUUAUCCAUAUACUAUCUCAUAUAUAUACAUAUAUAUAUAUAUAUAUAUAUAUCACAUAUAUGAACGUAGAUAUAAAGAUAUAGUUGUACAUACUUUUUCAAUUCCUUUUGCCAUAAUAUUGCCUCUGUGAUUAUCACACACUAAAAAUAGGAAGGAGGCAAGUAUUAAUAUUCCUAUUACCUAUAUAUAUAUAAAUACAUAGAUACGUAUCUAUAUAUUUAUAUAAAAACAUAUAUACUACACUAGACUCUGAGGGAAGUGUCAUACGGAUAGUGUAAAUACGAAAGGUUCCUUUACGUGUUUCAGAGGUUAUAAAAUACGAAGCGUAGUCAGUACGAUAGCUUUUGGAGAUAAUAUCAAAUGUUGCUUCCAGAUACGCCAGAAGCCACCCACGACACUGUUUUAGGCUGCCCGGCAUGCAGUUUCUUGUGCUGCUCGAUGAAUCAAAUGUGCCGGCACAUAUGCGAAACCUUACACGGACUGGUAAAAUGCCCACUGUGUGAUACAUACAUUGUUGGGAGAGCCUUCCGUGCGAGCAUCAACAAGAUUCUAAAAGCAAACAAAGCAAAGGAAAUCAAAGCAGGGGUUUCUGGUACCGGAGCCGCCACUGCAUCAUCAACAGAUGCCCUCUUGCAGACAAGAUCUCCGAUUUUAGCGAUUGAUGUGUCCACCCACUCCCAUCUUGCCCUCUAUCCGGACAUUCGUAUUAAUGAAAAGGAUGCAUUCAAGCGACCAGGUAGACCAGAAGAUUACGGGCUAGAGCCUGUGAAAAAGACCGAUGCAGCCAGUCUGCGAUAUGCGGCAUCAACACAUCAAUCCACACAAGCAGUAUGUUUGAGUAGUCAAGACGAUACUUUUAGUGCUUCUAAAGUGACAUUUCGAUGUAUGGGUUGCUAUUUUUGUUACGACACGUGGACUAAGAUGACGAAGCAUCUUGAGCAUUCGACACACACUCUACCGCGGUGUGCGCAGUGUAAUAGACUAUUCAUCUGCUUUGGUCCAUGGAGACCAAACAAACAUGAGGAGAUUACCGAACACCUGGGAUUCUGGGGAUUUUUUAAUAAUAAGAAGAACUAUCUGCUUGAAAACCAAGGGCCUUCCCAUUACAACAUUCACAACAAAUUCACUGGGUUUUGUAUUUUGCAAUAUACAUGCGUGUGCGGCAUUACUUUCACGCAUCCAGUCCAUUUAGCUGAGCAUCUUAGAAGUGUUCACCAUGUGGAUUGUAUUAAAGACGAGGCCGUAUGCAAGACGUGCAAUGUGCGACUCACACUCAGGGAUAUGAUCCUGCAUCUUCGAGCCCCUGCCGAAAAAAAACAGGACCCAGAGUCAAUCGAGGAGAGAAAUCUUGAAGAAACUAAUCCAAUCCAAACUGCUCUUCAAGAAAUUUCUGACUUUACCUCCAAUGAACACGACACUGAAUGUGGAGGGGAAGCCUUUUCUGCGAAUCCCUUCCUCGCGCAUCGUCCGCUGAUUCAGCCCAUCGAACAAAGUAUAUUGGGCUUACCUUCUGAAGGAAAAGAACCUUUCUACAUUGUGGUGUACCAGUGCUGGGAGUGUUUCUACCUAUUCACCUCCUGGAAAAGAAUGGUGAACCACAUCAUAGCCACAAAACACUGUCUCAGUUUUUGUGUUGAGUGCAAGGAAUACCUAAGGCCGGCGAUGAAUGCGAGCAAGCUGAGCAAGAAGACGAAUCUAAUUGGACACCUCGAACACAUUCAGAAGCAUAAAAAUAUAAUUGGUCCCCCUGUGACACCUGAUUCGCUCGAAGUGUUAAUAGACGCCUCUGAAAACUCCGUCCCCGGCAUGUUUGAUCCUCUGCAUGGACGUGUGAGUCUGAGUCUGGGCGCCGAUGAUGCCAUUAUCUUCUGCUAUCAGUGUCCAGGUCACAAGGUCAAUUGCUAUGAGGUAUUUCUGUAUUAUGGGGACCUUGUGGAGCACCUAAUCACCACCGGGCACGGAAGACACCCAGAAAAUCCAGACCUCCUCGAAGCGCCAAUGCCUAUGGUCACCUAUCGCGCAAAGUUUACCGUCAUACAGCUUGUAAAACAUUUUGGUUUCGUGAAGUGCGCAUAUUGCAAGCGGCCGUUCCCACAGAAACGUUUACAGGUCCAUGAGGCGAUUUGUCAGCAGUGUUCAUUGCAUUCUCCAACAAUGGAGACGGAAUAG